AUGGAGCCGUCUCCGCUGGAGAAGCUGUUGGCCAUUGAAAAGAAAUUUGAGACCCAAUCGGCCUUCAUUGACCGAGGGAUAGAAGGCACCAGGGACUUUUCACCAGGCAGCCCAGCUUUCCAGCAUGCCCUUGAGUCGAAUGACCUCCUCUAUAGCUGGCCGCUGCUGAAGAGGAAGCGAGCACUGACUGCAGCCCUGAUCGUCACUGCUGGUUUUAUUGGGUUGAUCCUGUUGGUUGCGGGCGUGCUUCUGUGCAUCGGUGGAGUUCAAGGCCUUGUAAAGGCAAUUGCCGCAGUGGAGAUCGUGUUCUUUGUCUUUCACAAAUUCAGGUACUGGCGGCUGAACGCGCAGCCAGACCAAUAUGAGCCUGAUGGCCAUGAUGGCUGGUUACAUUUUUGUCGCUUCAUACGAAUUGUUGAGGCCUCUGAUAAGAGCAUGCUGGACAUUAACAGCUACAUCUCUGUCUGGUUCCGCGGCGCACCCAUAGAGUCAAUCAAGUCGGAGAAUGUCAUGGACCUGUUGACAUAUGGCUUUUACUACAAGAGGAGGGAACAGCUGGAGGCAGAGGGCCAGGGAGAUGUGGCCCAGAAGAUGUUGGAUGAGCUGGAAAGAGUGUACAAUUUCAAGUUUGAGAAGGGAUUCAAUCCCAACGCAAGAUUUCUCGAGCACCUUCGAGAACCAUUGAGGAGCGUGUACCGGCCUCUUCUUUUCUAUACUUUGACAGAAUUCUCGGAGGUCCUGGCCCACAGCAUUCUCAUAUACAUGGGCUUUGUUAAGCUCCGCUUUGGAGGGUACUCUUGCUUCACCUUUGCGGGAGACCGCAUGCUGGCAAACAGGAUGUCUCAAAGCCGAACGAUUUUCAAAGGUGGCCCAAGGCGCAGGCUCAGCGUCAUGGGCAACGCCCUGCCCGAACCCAGCCCCAUAGUCUUCCUCCAUGGUGUUGGGCUGGGCAUCCUUCCCUACCUUGACUUCGUGUGCUCCCUGGUGUGCACCGGUCACCCAGUCAUCGUCGUUGAAUACAGGCAUGUGGCCAUGCGACUCUCCUGGCGCAUACCGAAGUGCUCCCAAGUGGGAGACACUGUGGUCUCUAUUCUACGUGAGAUUGGACUGGACAGGGCCACUUUUGUGGCCCACUCGUAUGGCACUUUCGCCCUGUCAAGGAUCCUGAAGACAAAUCCGGAUAUGGUGCAGUCGGCCUCCUUCAUCGACCCAGUGUGCAUUGGCAUGUUCCUCCCAAAGCUCCUUGACACUUUCGUGUACAAGAGAGCAAGUUGGGAGAGUAUGGUUCAGUUCGCCAGAGAUUUCCUCCGCAUCUCUGUGUCUCGCGAACUUGGCAUCACCGCUUCUAUGUGCAGAGGAUUUGAGUGGAGUGAACUCAACCUCUGGCCAGAAGACAUGAAGGGCACACCGACGCUUGUUGUGUUUUCAGGACACGAUACACUGGUUCCCAGCCCAGAGGCCAAGCAUUUUCUUGGCCUUCUUGCACCAGACACCCGGGUUUUGUACCACCCAGGUCUUUCGCACGGCGAAUUCCUGGGCCUCCCUGACUGGAAGUUGGAGAUCAUCGGAGAAGUGCUAACACUCGCGUACGCGGAUUGCAAGAUGUCCAGCGAAGAGGCUGAUGCUGAGAGGGUGGCCCGCAAGACGUCCCUGGCAGUGAGUGUGGAAGAGAUGGUGCACAUGAGGAGCCGGAUAAUGAACAAGAUAGGACAAGGACUGGAGAAGGGUGUUGCCAAGACUCUGAGUUUGCCCUGGAAGCAGUGGGACGAUGCGCUUGGUGAUGUCAAAACAGAGGACAAGGCAAGAAUUUUGCAGGACUUGCUGCGAUGA